UUGCCUGCCACUUCCUCUCGUCCCAUACAAUUUUAGCGAAAAGACAAUUUUAUCCUUCUUUUUUAGGGAGUAUAUAGAAUGCGUCUUACUUCCUUUUUCCAGAUCGAGAACAUCUUAUUGCUUCGCUGCUCCCUAUUCAUCUACAGAUUCACUGAGCUUGCCUUGCCUUCAUCUAAGCCUCCAGCAAAAACCGUCUUAUAAUGUUGGCGUGCACUCCCCACUUUGUUUCUCUAAGUUUCUUGGAGCUGAGUACUCCAAAGAGAUAUUGGUUGGGGGACCAGGGCAGAAAGACCAUGUCAGUUGCUGUUUCAGUUGCAAAAGAGGCAUCCAAUUACAUUUCAGCAGCUCCAAUUUUCCUUCCUGAAGGGCCAUGGCAGCAGAUCCCUGGAGGUGUUACUGCUGCAGCUGGGUUCAAAGCUGCUGGAAUGUAUGGUGGAUUGCGUGCACUUGGAGAGAAGCCUGACUUAGCACUUGUCACUUGUGAUGUAGAUGCCAUUUCUGCAGGAGCGUUUACUACAAAUGUGGUAGCAGCUGCACCGGUAGUAUAUUGCAAAAAUGCAUUAAAUGCAUCGCCAACGGCUCGUGCAGUUUUAAUAAAUGCCGGUCAAGCUAAUGCAGCCACGGGUGAUGCAGGUUUCCAGGAUGUAAUUGAUUGCUCAACUGCUUUAGCUAAUUUACUUAACUUGAAGAACGAGGAAGUGUUAAUUGAAUCCACUGGGGUCAUUGGUAAAAGAAUAAAGAAGGAGGCCCUUCUUAGCUCACUCCCAAAGCUAGUUGGUCUGCUGUCAUCAAGUGCUGAUGGGGCAAAUUCAGCCGCUGUAGCAAUAACUACUACUGAUCUUGUCAGCAAGAGUGUGGCAAUUGAGUCUGAGAUGGGAGGGACGCGUAUAAGAGUUGGUGGAAUGGCAAAGGGUUCCGGGAUGAUUCAUCCUAACAUGGCAACAAUGCUUGGGGUUAUUACUACUGAUGCCUUGGUUUCAAGUGAAGUUUGGAGAAGAAUGGUACAAAUUUCUGUGAGCCGAAGUUUUAACCAAAUUACUGUUGAUGGGGACACCAGUACAAAUGAUGCUGUCAUUGCUUUGGCUAGUGGGCUUUCAGGUGCCAGCAAGAUCUCUUCUUUGAACAGCUCACAGGCAAACCACCUGCAGAUGUGUCUUGAUGCUGUAAUGCAGGGGCUUGCAAAAUCUAUAGCUUGGGAUGGAGAAGGCGCCACAUGUUUGAUUGAGGUAAGGGUUGACGGGGCAAAAGAUGAAGCUGAAGCAGCAAAAAUUGCACGUUCAGUCGCUUCUUCUUCACUCACGAAGGCUGCUGUUUAUGGGAGGGAUCCAAAUUGGGGACGCAUUGCUUGUGCUGCUGGUUAUGCUGGAAUUCCUUUCAAUCCAAAUGAACUUCGAAUAUCACUGGGUGAUACUCUGCUUAUGGAUGCUGGGCAACCUCUUCCAUUCGAUAGUGUUGCGGCCAGUAGUUAUAUGAGGAAGGCCGGGGAUACUCAUGGCACUGUGGAAAUUCACAUAUCUAUAGGUGAUGGUCCGGGAAGCGGAGUUGCAUGGGGGUGUGACUUGAGUUAUGACUAUGUGAAAAUAAAUGCCGAGUAUUCGACGUGAAUAUAUCUACAGUGUUCUAUAUUUGCUUAAAAAGUAUCUUCGGCUCACCGUGGGACUGCGAUGACAGCUCAUGAAUAAGAGAGUAAUUUGAUGUAUAUUAGUAAUAAGGUAAGAUAUGAGAGUCGUACUAUUGUGGGAUAUAAUUUCUUUCCACCCUACUUAAUGUGUCUUCAACAAUUGAAUGAUUGAUUCAUGUGAAAACAUAUAAAAAAGACAUUUACUUACUAAUAAAUCAUCAAGAGGCCAUCUCACACUGAGCUUUUCACACUGGUCUUCCUGUCUUU